AGCGGAAAAGCGAGCAAUGGCGGAAAACCUGAGGAAAUUGGUCUCCAACGAAUCUUUACGAUUGAUGCACGACAACCUAGAGCGCUGGCUGAGGGAGUACAACACAAACUCGUGUGAUCAAAAUCUAAGUGUUUGCCUCGAAUUCAUUGAACAAGUUGCCAAGGUGCAGGGACAACUCUUUGGAAUCCUCACUGUAACAGCUCAAGAAGGAGGACAUUAUGAUGGUGUGCAAGUAAUUAAAUCACGUCUUUUGCCUUGGUUGGAAGCCUCCUUCACUGCUGCUUCCCUGGGAAAACCUGUUGACAGCAAGGUCCCCUCUCUGCAGGACACGUUUGAUAAGGAGAGACAGAAAGAGUUUGGGGUUCGGGAUCGAGACAUGCAGCAAUUAGACUCGGAGCUGAGCUCAACUCGUAAUCAACUCAACCAGGUUCAAGACGAUCUGGCUGAAACUGCAAAGACUCUUGAAGCAACCAAGAACAGAUCGUCCAUAUCCAUUUUGGCUGCAGAGGAGGAAAUAAAUCAGCUAAGAAAGCAGCUUAAAUCUCUUCAAGCCCAGGAGGAGUCCCGCCACAGAAACUCAGCACACAGAAGCUCUGUGCACAGGAGCGCAGCACAGCGUGGCGUGGAGUCUCGAAGCUCAGAGCCGAGGACCUCUGAGCAGAGGGAACCGAAGGAUCGCAGCUCGGACAGGCGCAGCUCGGACAAGCGCGCCUCCAGCUCUGACAAGUCUGACGCAGAAGUGAUAUCUGAUUAUGAGAAACAGCUUCGGAAGCUGAAGGACGAGAUCGCCGUUCUGUCUUCUGAAAAAUCUGUGCUCCAAGGAAGGUCCACCGGGAGCGGGUCUUCAAGCCCUGCCCCUCGCAGCCGCAGCCGCAGCCGCAGCCGCACCCGCAGCCCCUCCACCGCAGUGGUGAAGGUCAGGACCCCGUCUCCGAAUCCCGCCAAACUGUCCAGCGCGGCGCGCAAGGCUGCCCUCUUGUCGCGGUUCAGCAAUGCCUACUCCCAGGCCCGCCUGGACGCGCAGUGCCUGCUGCGGCAAUGCAUCGACAAGGCCGAGACCGUGCAGCGGAUCAUCUACAUCGCCACAGUGGAGGCCUUCCAUGUAGCUAAAAUGGCAUUCAGACAUUUCAAGAUCCGUGUGAGGAAAUCUUUGUCACCAUCUUAUGUGGGGUCGAAUGACUUUGAUGAUGCUGUUGCAGAUUAUAUCAUUUGUCAUCUCGAUCUAUAUGAUUCCCAAAGCAGUGUCAACGAUGUGAUCCGAGCCAUGAAUGUCAACCCCAAGAUUUCAUUCCCCCCGGAAGUUGACUUUUGCCUCCUCAGUAACUUCAUUCAGGAGAUAUGUUGCAUUGCCUUUGCGAUGCAGACUUUAGAGCCACCCCUAGAUACUGCAUUUGGGGCUGAUGGAGAAAUUUUUAAUGAUUCCAAGUACCGUCGCAGCUAUGACUCUGAUUUCACUGCUCCCUUGGUCUUCUAUCACGUGUGGCCUGCCCUCAUGGAGAAUGACGUUGUCAUUAUGAAGGGAGAAGCUGUCACCAGGAGAGGGGCUUUUUGGAAUUCGGUGCGAUCUGUAAGCCGAUGUCGAAGCAGGAGUUUGAGUCCCAUCUACCCCCGUAGCCAUAUUGGUUUAAGCAUGCUGCCUCGAAGUCGGAGCCCUUCUCCCAUACGAUGUGGAUUGCCAAGGUUCUAAAACCACCAGACAGGUUCCCUGGCCACAGCGCAUCUGCCGCAGCCAGCCUCCCAGCGCGCUGUCCGCCCGCCGCGCCCGCCUCUCACCUUGCUUAAGAUAAUGUGAAAGGGCAAUUCUGUGUACCACUCCGCA